CGCGCGGGCGCGACGAUGGCGGCGGUGUUCCAGGAGGACCUCAAGAACACCUCCCGGCGCAUCUUCGACCCGCAGGACCGGAUGCUGGUGCGGCUGAACCGCGCGUUCCUCAUCUCGUGCAUCGUGGCCAUCGCCGUGGACCCCAUGUUCUUCUACCUGCCCAUGGUGACCGACGAGGGCAACCUGUGCGUGGGCAUCGACCGGUGGCUGGCCAUCGCCACCGCCGUGGUGCGCAGCGUGGUGGACCUCUUCUUCCUGGUGCGCAUCGCGCUGCAGUUCCGCACCGCCUACAUCAAGCCGUCGUCGCGGGUGUUCGGGCGCGGCGAGCUGGUGAUCGACACGGCGCAGAUCGCGCGGCGCUACAUGCGCCGCUUCUUCGCCGCCGACAUCACGUCCGUGCUCCCGUUCCCGCAGGUGGUGAUCUGGAACUUCCUGCACCGCUCCAGGGGCACCGCCGUGCUGGACACCAAGGACCGGCUGCUCUUCGUCGUCUUCCUCCAGUACAUCCCGCGCGUGGUGCGCAUCUACCCCAUCUCCUCGGAGCUCAAGCGCAGCAGCGGCGCCUUCGCCGAGACCGCCUACGCCGGCGCCGCCUACUACCUGCUCUGGUACCUGCUGGCCAGCCACAUCGUGGGCGCCUUCUGGUACCUGCUGUCCAUCGAGCGCGUGAGCGACUGCUGGCGCGACGCGUGCAACGAGUUCCCCGGGUGCAACCGCAUCUACAUGUACUGCGGCAACGACCAGCAGCUGGGGUUCCUGGAGUGGCGCACCAUCACCCGGCAGGUGAUCAACGAGACGUGCGAGCCCCAGAAGGACGGGCGCGCCCCCUUCAACUACGGCAUCUACUCGUCGGCCGUGGAGUCGAGCGUGCUCAAGUCCAAGGACACCGCCUCCAAGCUGCUCUUCUGCCUCUGGUGGGGGCUCGCCAACCUGAGCACCCUGGGCCAGGGCCUCAAGACCAGCAUCUACACCGGCGAGGCGCUCUUCUCCAUCGCGCUCGCCAUCUUCGGCCUCAUCCUCAUGGCCAUGCUCAUCGGCAACAUCCAGACCUACCUCCAGUCCCUCACCGUGCGCCUCGAGGAGAUGCGCGUCAAGCAGCGCGACUCGGAGCAGUGGAUGCACCACCGCCUGCUGCCGCCGGAGCUGCGCGACCGCGUCCGCCGCUACGACCAGUACAAGUGGCUCAACACCCACGGCGUCGACGAGGAGGCGCUCGUCCAGAACCUGCCCAAGGACCUCCGCCGCGACAUCAAGCGCCACCUCUGCCUCGGCCUCGUCCGCCGCGUCCCGCUCUUCGCCAACAUGGACGAGCGCCUCCUCGACGCCAUCUGCGAGCGCCUCAAGCCCUCGCUCUGCACCGAGCACACCUACAUCAUCCGGGAGGGCGACCCCGUCGACCAGAUGGUCUUCAUCAUCCGCGGCGGCCUCGAGAGCAUCACCACCGACGGCGGCCGCACGGGCUUCUACAACCGCAGCCUGCUCGAGGAGGGGGACUUCUGCGGGGAGGAGCUGCUCACCUGGGCGCUCGACCCCAAGGCCGGCGUCUGCCUGCCCUCCUCCACGCGCACCGUCAGGGCGCUCACCGAGGUCGAGGCCUUCGCGCUGCCCGCCGACGAGCUCAAGUUCGUCGCGGGGCAGUUCCGCCGGAUGCACAGCAAGGCCGUGCAGCACACGUUCCGGUUCUACUCGCACCAGUGGCGCACCUGGGCGGCCACCUACAUCCAGGCCGCCUGGCGCCGCCACCUCAAGCGCAAGGCGGCCGAGCUGCGGCGCCGGGAGGAGGAGCUGCUGGAGGACGACGAGGGGAAGUCCAGCAUCAGGACAACGAUACUGGUCUCGCGCUUUGCCGCCAACGCGCUGCGCGGCGUGCACCGGCAGCGCUCCAGGCGGGCCGGGGCUGUCAAUGAGCUCCUUAUGCCGGUGCCCAAGCCGCGGGAACCGGACUUCGGGCGCGACGACUACUGA